AUGGGUGCCGCAACACCAACGAAAACUGUUUUGAUGGGUGCAGCAACACCAACGAAAACUGCUUUGAUGGGUGCCGCAACACCAACGAAAACUGCUUUGAUGGGUGCUGCAACACCAACGAAAACUGCUUUGAUGGGUGCCGCAACACCAACGAAAACUGUAGCCUUUAACAAAAAGAAGAAAAGAAAAAAAAAGAAAACUUUAACUAACGAUACGAUGUACGACAUUGAUAUAGGCACCAUGGCCGCCAUCCCUCCUCUCUUCACCGUUCAUGAUAAUAUGGUCAUUUGUGGCAUUAACGAUGCAACCCUAUUCCAAGGACGCACGCAAGCUGAGAGAAUUGCUUACGAAAUAUUCUCUGAUGAUUUUAACAUUACAAUGGAUGUAUCCAUUGACAAACUUAACGACGAACUCAAAACACUGGCAGGAAUGACUACUGCACAAGGGCAAAUUCGAUUGAUGCCUGGCAUCAAGAAAAAUAUUCGCGCCUUCGUCCAAUGGUGCAGGGACGAAUUCCGCAUGGGACGGGACCCAGCAACAGUACAAUUUCCAGUCAUUGAUGCAGCCCACCUCCUUCGACGCAUGAAAACACACGAGCAAUAUGUGUAUGGUUCCAAGCUGAUGUCACAACAAGCGCUACCUCAAGACUUCACCAACGACGUCACAUGGGAGGAUUGGCACCCCACGUUUGUGAACUACCUCCGUACCAUGCCAGGACGAGACGGAGUCCCGCUCCAAUAUGUGGUCCGAACCAACGAAGCGCCAGUUCCGACAUACCACGAAGACUUCCUAGAGAUGUACAUCCAAAUGGCACCACUCCACGGCGAAGCCUUCACAAUGGACAACGCCAAAGUUUUAGUCCUCUUGCGAAAAUUCAUCGUGGGCAAUACCCAGGCCGAGGCGACACUACGAGCCAUUAAUGUUGAAGGCAAAGGAAGAGAUGCAUUUAUCGCCCUACGCACCC